AUGAUCGGCUUUCCUUUCGUGCACGCAGCAACCAGCAGCAGCGAAGAGCCUCCAGGGUCAUGCACACCGAAAACACCUUUGUCUCCCGAGGCCAGUUUUCAGCGAUAUGCGCAACUCCAGGAUUCACCCUCAGUCGAAGACAUGCUGCACAGGCUGAGACGACUGAGGAUCGAGGAGUACACUCAGGCCGUCUUCAUUGCUCCAAUGGCCAAACCUAACCUACAGGCCCUGGACAACACGCUGUUCUCUCUCAUGGACAAGGUCGAGGAGUUUCUGGCAGGCGACGGUCAAGUCAUGCUGAUUAUGGGUGAAUCUGGAGCCGGCAAAUCGACUUUCAAUCGACAUCUGGAGCACCGACUCUGGCAAGACUAUGAGCCUGGAGGACGUAUCCCACUCUUCAUCAAUUUGCCAGCCCUCGACCGACCGGACAAGGAUAUGGUUGUAGAGCAGUUGAAGACGACAGACUUUUCAGAGGGUCAUAUCUGGGAUCUAAAACAGAGCCACCAGCUUUUAUUAAUCUGCGAUGGCUAUGAUGAGAGCCAGCUCACCUCCAACUUGCACACCACCAACCUCUUCAAUCGACCUGGUCAGUGGGACGUCAAGCUGAUCGUCACUUGCCGCACUCAGUACCUCGGUCCUGACUAUCGUGAUCGCUUUGCGCCUAAGGCGACCGGUCAGUAUCACCGCACUGCCAACAAUCUCUUUCAAGAAGCCGUCAUCGCCCCCUUCUCCAAGGAGCAGAUCGACCUGUACAUCGAAAAGUUUGUCCCACUCAUUCCUCGGACUUGGGUCAAGAAGGACUACAUGGACAAGUUGACAACUAUCCCCAACCUCAUGGAACUGGUCAGGAACCCCUUUCUGUUGACUCUUGCGCUGGAGGCUCUCCCAAGUGUUGUCGAUGGCAGAAGCGAUCUCUCGAGGCUCAAGAUCACCCGUGUUGAGCUCUAUGACACAUUUGUUGAUCACUGGCUGAAGGUCAACAAGCGCCGCUUACAGGACCAGACGCUGAAGGAUAGACACAAAGCAUUUGAAGAUCACCUCGCGGACGGAUUUGUUCAGAGUGGCAUUGUGUUUCAGAAGGAAUUGGCGGAGGCGAUCUUUCAGGAACAGGACGGCCGACCUAUCGUCGAAUACUCCAACAAACGGGACAAGAUGUCGUGGAAAGCGCGCUUCUUUGAUUCUGAACCUGAGAUAUCCCUGCUCAGAGAUUCCAGUUUGCUGAGUCGCACUGUCAACCAAUAUCACUUCAUCCAUCGAUCUGUCUUAGAGUACUUUUUGUCUCGCACCGUUUGGGACACCUCCAUGGAUGAUAACGAGUUUGCUCCGCAUGUUUAUUCAGAAGCUACUGGGGUAUCUCUUCCUAUCACCGAUCUUCCACUGUCUAAGAGGAGUCUUGUCCCCGAGCCGUCGGUGAUCCAGUUUCUCGUCGAGCGUGUCCAAAUGCAGCCAAUCUUCAAGCAAUACCUUCUCGAACUCGUCGAGCUUUCCAAGUCGGAUCCUCUGGCUAGUAUGGCCGCAGCCAACGCCAUCACAAUCCUGGUGAGAGCUGGGAGACAUUUUAAUGGAGCUGACCUUCGAGGCAUUCGCAUCCCAGGAGCCGACCUCACAGGUGGGCAAUUCGACUUGGCGCAGUUUCAGGAUUCCGACCUAACAGGAAUCACCUUCACCAAGACUUGGAUCCGACAGGCGGACUUCACUGGAGCACGGAUGGAAGAGACACGGUUUGGAGAGUUGCCGAGUUUGCAGGGAGAUAGUUGGUCGAUCGUCUCGGGCGAUACCGCCGGCGAGAUACAAUUCUGGGAGGCGACCACCAUGAUGCCGAGGAUCACUUGGAGAGGACAUUCUCGACCAGUGACAACUAUCGAGUUUUCGCCGAACGGGCGAUGGAUUGUGUCUGGCAGUGACGACAACACGGUCAAGGUAUGGGAUGGAUAUGCAGCCACACUUGUCUCUACAUUCACAGGUCACACCAGCUGCAUCACCAGUGUUGCAUUUUCCCCAGACGGCUCACUCAUUGCUUCAGGAGGCUGGGAUCGAACUGUGCGACUCUGGGAGGUGAACUCGGUUGGAUUCGGUUUCGACCUAGACGGCGCAGUCGACUCCAAGCGAAGUGUAGCCUAUUCUCCUGAUGGACAGUUUCUCAUCUCUGGCAGUCGCGCUGGAGUGAUACAGCAACACGACGCGGAGAGUGGCGAGAUUGGUCUUGUUAUUCGCCGCCAAGAGUUCCGAGCCAAUUCUAUCGCUUAUUCGUCGGACUGUCGUCAGAUUGCCAUGGGUGGCUCAGGAGGCGAUGUCACAUUGUGGAGCACUCACACCGGCGCCCUUGAGAACACUCUUCGCGGCCAUACUACGAAUGUGAGAGUAGUUGCGUACUCACCAUGCGGCCAAUGGAUUGCUUCCAGUGACGACCUGAGGGUGCAACUUUGGGAUGCUCGAUCAGGCACGUCUAUUCAAGUCAUCUCUGGUAACGACGCCUGUUUCGUUCGAACUUUGUCGUUUUCGUCUAGCGGUGCUAAGAUUGCAUUUGGAGGCAAAUCUGGAACGGUGCAAGUCUGGGAUGUGACGACCGGGAAGUGCGAGAUUGAGAAAGGUGGAAGUGACGUUUGGUACUGCUUUGUGAGGUAUUUACCGAAGAGUCUUCAGGUUGUUUCCUGUGGCGGGGGAGAAGGUGCUCAUUUGUGGGAUGAAGAGGUCCGACAUUCCCGAGUCAUUCUGCAGCACAGUGGUAUUCUCAUCCAACACUUUGCAUUCUCGAGUUGCGGUCAAUGGAUAGCAAGUGUUGAAGAAAACAGGGCUCACCUGUGGAGAAGCCCUCUGGAGGAGAGACCACAGGACUGGAAGUAUGUGCUGGCCGUUGAGGGUUGCUUAGGGUUGAUUGAUGAGAUUGUCUGGAGGCCUAACAAGUUGGAAUUUGCCACCGCCGAUGUGGGUGGAUCCACUCGUGUAUGGAGGGUCGUAGAGGAGUCUGCCAGAGUGCGGGUCCAGCUGGUGUGGGGUACUGGAGGAAGUGGUCUUGUUGCCUCGGGAUCGGUCCUUGACGGUGCCAUUGGUCUUAAUACGCUCAAUCAGACCCUGCUGGAGCAGCGCGGCGCUUUUCCCUCCGAGAACCUAUAG